AACCGAUCCAGCAGAGUAACUCCUCUUUCCCAAAGAAAAAAAAUCAGAGAACAGAUUGAAUCAUUCGAAUAUCAUUUGAAAAAUGGAAACUCCAAUAGUCAAACUGUCUGAUCUCGACUCGGAAACUGUUUACGAGCCCUCAGAGGACUCGUUUCUACUGCUAGACAGUUUGGAGGCGGAUCUGAAUGAUUUUGAUAAGGUGAAGCCAAAUGUCUGCUUGGAGAUUGGCAGUGGCUCUGGAGUUAUCAUAACAGCCCUGGCAAUGGCAUUCAAACGAAAUAACUGGCCCGGUUUAUUUAUCGCUGUUGAUAUUAAUCCAGACGCUUGCAGAGUUACUAAGAAUACGAGUAUUAUAAAUUCAACGAGUGUAGAUGUCCUUCGAAUGGAUUUGGUAUCGUCACUGAAGGCUAAUCAUUUAAUCGAUAUAUUGAUAUUUAAUCCACCGUACGUUGUAACUGAUUCUUGUGAGAUUUCUGAUGAGAGACUCAUCAGCAAGACGUGGGCUGGGGGGAGGGAUGGGCGGGAGGUCAUGGAUCGAUUGUUUCCGUUGGUACCGAAGCUAUUGUCCAGUCGGGGGAUCUUUUAUUUGGUUGUUAUCGAGGAGAACAAGCCCAGUGAUAUCAUAGGUAUUUUUCAGGGGCUUGGCAUGGGUGGAGGUGUGGCUGGCGAGAGAAGGGUGCGUGGAGAGCACUUGUAUGUUCUUAGAUUUGUUAAGAAUUCAAAACAGUGAUGAUGUAGAAUAUUUUUUUAGGGAUUCGUUAGAAGGGGUGAGUCAGUAGUUGAGGGGAAUUUUUCAUGAAUAGCUUCAGAAAAAUUAUUUUCUGAGUGAAAACUCAUCAUGGCUCAGUAAAAUUAUUUUCCAUCACAAAAUGGGUUUUCAAGGAAUUCUGAAUUUCUGGGGAAUCUUCGAAGAUUGAAUGGCAUUUUUUCAGCGUUAAUUUUUUUCUGUAUUAUUUCCUACGAGAGAUAUUAAGCCGUACUGUUUAAAAUGGGACACCGUGUAUAGCAUGACUAGAACACGUAUGUCGUAUACGAAAAUAUCUGAAAAUCCUCCCGAACCGAUUGCAAAGUGAAAUUAACUCAUUUCGUUUUAACACUUCACUACUGACUUUUCCCAUGUGCAUUUAAAUGUUCGUAAUUCUAAUCUUUUCAAUAAUAGUCAUUCCCAAUAGUGAACACACAGAUAUUCUAUUUUUGAAUUUUCAUCCUUCUCUGUUUAUUGUACAUAAUUUUUCACAGAUUAUUUAUUUCCAUUUUCACGUUGACGUUACGAUGGAGUUAUGAUAUCUAUAACGUAUAAUGGAAAUGAUAUGUAAAUGAAAAAUCUGAGGCUUUUCUUCGUUUUAUCAAAAUUAUAAAAUAAGAGAAACAUCAUGUUAUUUUGUACAUUAUCUAAGAAAAAGAAAUAAACUAUAUAUGGGCAUAAA